AUGUUGAUUCCUACUUCUCCUAAAAUGUACGCGACAGCGAAAAGUCAAAGUGGGGGAAAUAGGGAUGUUAUAAAACUGUUUGUAGGACAAAUACCUCGACAUUUAGAGGAAGACGAUUUGAGACCUAUGUUUGAGGAGUUCGGAAAAAUAUAUGAAUUCACCGUCUUGAAGGAUAAGUACACAGGAAUGCAUAAAGCUAAAAUGAAUCUCAUAGCUAUCAAAAUCAUUCAGUUGGACAGUAAUAUAGAGAAUGAUUCAACGAUGAACCAGGAUUCAACCAAUGCGUGCGUAGUCAUGGGUCUUGCCAAAGAGCUGCUGUGCGUUGUGAAUGAAAGUUUGGACUGA